CAUAGCUGCCGCUAGUAACUUAGAACACUGACAAUACCAGCGAUCGCGCAAGACGACUACAUGACAUUCUGUUCAAACCGAAUGUCCUCCCGCUUUCUGGGAAACGCUCUGACCGUCACCGCACAUCGACCCUGUAAACACGGAUGGUUGCUGUGCAUAGCUAACAGAAGACUUUCACCGUUCUAUAGCUGCAAAGCACAAAGAUCAUAAUCUCCUGACCAAGUUGGUAUCCGCCUCAGUCGAUGGUUAUAUUCACUCGGCCUGUUUCUUUGAGAGUUGCACGUUUGUUGUGCCGCUCACCUUCUCUAACUUGUCCCCGUAAAUCAGCGAUCAAGAGGAGGCCUUCUCUGGUACCGUUUAAGCUUCACAAGCGGCUUGCGCCGUUGAUGUUUACGCCUUUUUCAAUACUCCAUAUGGUCCUUCGUGCAAGACGUUUUCCGUCUCGGAACGCCAUCCUACGGCACUGCUUUCAUGGCAGCCGUCGUUCUUUGUGAAGUUGCGUAUAUUUCGUACUUGAUUUUCUGGCUUUUCUUGAAUGUGCAUAUGGAGGGGCAUUCGUAAAUCAUCAUACAUCAUACACCGGGUGUGUAGAGGUCCCGAUCCUGACCUACAUGGAUGCCUCGUGACAAACAAUCGUUUGUCUAUGCGGCAGAGUGUCUCUAACAGUCGGCCAUGGUGUCCGACUUCAAUGACGAAGGUAUUUUCACUUCUCCAGCCACUGCGUCUUUCCUUGUUCACGUGUUCGAUGAGCUUGGCGGGAGCAGCGAAAGAUUUGACAAACGACCCGCUGUCAACCUUUGCGGAUGGUUUGCCUCCAUAAUCCGACCCGGAUGUUCAGGCGACCACAACGAGGCAUCCUGCGCUUCAGUCCCUCACGAAUGCAUAAAAGACCAGAAGAGCUCACCAAGAGACCUCAAGCAGACAACCACACGUUGAACAGCUUACCCAACUCUCUUCGCACUUAGACCAUUCAAAUAACUUCUCUCAGAUUUCCCUCUUGCUCACCAUGUUCCGCUCUACUCUCACCGCUAUCGUUCUCGCCGCUACAUACUUCGGCACUGCUUCCGCCUUCACUGGGGACGCCACCUGGUUUCACCCCGGCUUAGGUGCUUGCGGCGCUGUUAGCGUUGACUCCGACCUCGUUGUGGCAUUGAGCCCUUCUCAGUAUGCCAACGGUGCUCACUGCUUCCAACACAUCUUGGUCCAAGUUAAUGGGAAGUCAGUCGACGCUACCGUUGUCGACCUUUGCCCCGGUUGCGCUUCUGGUAGCAUCGACUUAUCCCCCUCCGCCUUCCAGCGUCUUGCUAGCUUGGACGUUGGUCGCAUUCACAACGUCAACUGGAACUUCGAGUGAAUGUCAAGCGCGAGCGUAAUAAGGAGGAAACAUUUGGAAUAAACCGUGUACUACUACUAAAGCGCUGGCAUCUUGGUGCUUUUGUAUUUCUAUUAGUUCGCUCCUUCUGUAUCACGCCGUUCCCUAAAUUUGGUAUUGAUUUGUAACGAUGUGUAUGUACAGUAGUGUUGUACAAUAUGUAUAUGUGCCAUGC